AUGGCUGCAGUACUUGUGGCAUGUGCGAUCUAUCAGUUCCCUUCCUCGCAGACAGAGCUGGCGGACAUCGAUGGUCCUUCUCCUCGUGAUCCCCCCAGGAGCUCGUGGGCUCGGGAAGGCAAAGGAACUUCAGCGUGGAUGGAGCAACACAAGCGUAAAGUCGUUGUGAAGCAUCAGCGAGGGCGACAAGAUCGUCCCUUCGACAGCAUUCUUCGCAACGUCCCAAGACAAGUAUCUGUGGCGCUUGACAUUCCCAUGCUGCGGGUGCAGCAGCUUGAGAAGCAGGCGGCCAAGAAGGUCGCGAAGGCUUCCAAAGCUCAACUCCUUCACUCCCUUCAUCGCAUCAUGCUCGCUGAAGCCAACAUAACCGACAUGUCUGUUUGCAAAGGCAAGUGGCAGGGAUGCGAACCGCUGGCAAAGAACAUCUUGGCUGUGGCGUCAGAGAUCUCGAGCACGUGCUCGUCCUUGUACUUCAACGAGCAGGAGUACUACAAGUGCGAGAGGAACAUCGCUGAGCCCCUCUGCCUCGACGUCGAUCGCGAGUUUCCCUCCAUGUGCCGCGAGGGCGGGAAGGGGCAUGACUACGUGGUCCCGCACGGAUACGUCGGAAGUGAAGAUCCCGCAAACAUCGAAGGAAAUUUCUGCCAGGGUUGCGAGAAGAUGAGGACGAGCGGCUGCUUUGACGCGAUGUCAACCGUGACCGUGAGAGGCAAGGGAGACAUGAGGCUGCUGGACCUGAAGCUGGGAGAUGAGGUGGCCUCAGCUGAUGACUACGGUUUGUUUGUCUGGUCGCCCGUCAUUUUUAUUCACGAUCACAAAGAGGACACCAAGAUGCGGAGGGUGAAGUUUGGAGGGGAGGGAGAGAAAGGAGAAGUCUCGCUCACCGACACUCAUCCUCUGCUGCUUGCGGCGGACAAGGACGAGAGCUUCUCGCAGGCUCGUCGAGUGAGGGCGCGAGACAUCAAGCAAGGAGAUCGAAUCUUGGUCAUGAAGGGAGGCAAAGCUGCUCCCGUUACGGCAAGUCUCCUGCCUCUGCUCCUCUUCCUCUUUCUCUUGGUCAUUUUCUUCCUCCAGGUUGUGGGUUCUUCGCUCUUCUCUUCGCAAGUUCGUUACGUUCUCACUGCCAAUGACCGCAUCCUCGUUGACGGAGUCGUCGGACCCACUGCCAGCACCAUGUUGGGAGCUGCGGAGACUCUUCCCUUCAAGGCGCUGCAUGUCCUCGGACUGCUCGAGCUCCCUGCAGUCGCUCGCGUCCUGUCGCUCAUCCUCGAGUCUCCUGCGCUCUCUUGGUCGGAGUCGCUUCUCGAUCGCCUCGCCCCCAAGGCAGCAGCAGCCGCUGCCCGCGUUCCCUCCCUCCUCUCCUCCCCCUCGUCGUACUAG